CAAAAUUUCCUGUUAAAAUAAUUGGCGCCCGGCUCUUGUAUAGUAAGUCAAGCUGAUCUGAGGGAUUCCGAGCUUGAUAGUAGGCUAUAUAGAUUGUUCAUGGUGGUACAAUAACGUGGAGAAUUUUUGGUGUUUAUUCUUUAUUUGAAAAAUUAAACCAAGUCAACACUAGUUUUGAAACCCGUUACCAGUCAUCCCAUAUUACUUUAGAAAAUCGUGCCUUUAGAAGCGCGAUUGGUUGGUGAAAAGGAAUUUUGUUAAAAGAGUUAAUUUAAUUGAAUAGAGCAAUCUAAAAUGGCUGAUCAACUUACAGAAGAACAGAUCGCAGAAUUUAAAGAGGCUUUCAGUCUUUUUGAUAAAGAUGGUGAUGGAACUAUUACAACUAAAGAAUUAGGUACAGUCAUGAGAUCUUUAGGGCAAAAUCCAACUGAAGCAGAAUUACAAGAUAUGAUUAAUGAAGUUGAUGCUGAUGGAAAUGGUACCAUUGAUUUUCCUGAAUUUUUAACAAUGAUGGCUAGAAAAAUGAAAGAUACAGACAGUGAGGAGGAAAUUCGAGAAGCAUUCAGGGUUUUUGAUAAAGAUGGUAAUGGUUUUAUCAGUGCAGCUGAAUUAAGGCAUGUGAUGACAAAUUUAGGUGAAAAAUUGACUGAUGAAGAAGUUGAUGAAAUGAUCCGAGAGGCUGAUAUAGAUGGUGAUGGACAAGUUAAUUAUGAAGAAUUCGUGACAAUGAUGACCUCAAAGUAGCUGUCUUAUGUUAACAUCUGUCGUACAGUAUGUUUUUUCAUCCUUUGUAAAUUAACUUUGCCAAUGAAGUUGUAUGUCUGUCUAUGUACAUAAUUCUUGUUAUUUUAACAUUGUCUUUUCAACUUGGCAUUCUAAAAAGACUGUCAUGAUUUGUUUAUGAAACAUCUUAUACCCAUCAUUUAUCUUGAAUGUUUCUAACUAAAUGAAAAUCACUUUUUCCCCCCUCCACUCCUCUUGAUACUUUCUUACUUCACUAUUCCUAUCGUGAUGUUUCUAAAUUCUGUUGUUCAUGUAUCUGUGGUCAGAUUCGAUAAAAUUAGUUUUAUCUAUCUUAGUAGAUUCUAAAUAUGAAGUCAAAAAUAAAUUUAAACAUCCAUUGUUGACACAUAUCAGAUACUCGCAACAAGGAUGUCUUUCAAAGGUAUAAUGAUAAUGUGUUUAUUUUUUUUCAUUUGUAAUGUUUUGUUAAAACUUCUACCAGAAAAUCCAUUUUAAACAAUUUUAUAUGUUUGUCCAUCUAAAUAUGUCUUUAUCAAGUGUAUAUAAAUACCAUGGCAUAUGCAUUAAAUGAAGUUCUACAUUUCUUAAAUCAUUUAUUAUUUAAUCAACAUUAACUUCCCAAUGUGGAUAUAUCUAUGCUUAGUAUGCAAAUUUGUGGAGAAUAAUACAGAUUUUAUUCUAUUUUCAUCACAAUCUAUUUGGUAUUGUUCAAGUCAAAGAAAAUUUUUAGACACAUCUUGUUUCAUUAAAGGAUAUAGAAUCCAGCAGUUUAGAUAAUUAUGUUACGCUACUUAAAUAAAUCUACGCAGUUUCAUUAUUCUUGUCAAUCUAACAUAAUUGAAUGAGGAGCCCUUUGCAUAAUGUGUUAUACAAGGCAUUUUUGAAGCAUAAUAACUUGAAUCAACUGAAGAAAAUUACAUUGUAUUAUUUAACUGAAGAAAAUAACAUGGAAUUACAUUUCUAUGGGCAAAAACACAAACUUACUACUUAAAAACCAAAUAUCGUCUUUUUUUUCUAAAUUGAUAAUGGGGUUAUAAGAUUAUGUUUACCGAUUCCAAAGUGUAGAUUUUCCAAAGAUGAACAAUUGUAUGAAAAGUGGUAAUGUUACUGUGGGAUACGGUGAUAUUGUGUGGCAAGCCAUGAGAGAAACUUGUAUUGAUGUUGAGAAGAGUUGAUGUGGGUUUCUAUAUCUUAUUGAUGUAAUAUUCUAUAUUAUUCUACAUGUAUACUUGCUUACAUCCAUAAUCACUUCUCUUCAGAUGAAAUAAAAUCUUAAUGUGAUAUCUCGAA